CCCCGGCCCGGCGAGCAGGCGGGUGGCUGGGGCGCCUCCACCUCCUCUUCCUAAAGCGGCGAGGCGCAGAGGAGCCGCAUCACUCGAGCCCAGGUCCCGGCAACCGCCACACACAGCGCGGCGCAUUCAGGAACAGGAGCAGCAGCGGCGGCGGCGGCCACAGCGGCUGGCGGGCGUUGGAAAGGCCCCGAUCGAAAAGCCUGGGAGGGCCGCCGAGCUACCCCCGGAGAAGAAGCCAGUCCGAAGCCAAGGCGCCACCAACGCAGAAGCAGCGCGAAGGAGUAGCAGACGCCUUCAUGGCCCACUCACCGGUGGCCGUCCAAGUGCCUGGGAUGCAGAAUAAUAUAGCUGAUCCAGAAGAAUUGUUCACAAAAUUAGAACGCAUUGGGAAAGGCUCAUUUGGAGAAGUUUUCAAAGGAAUUGAUAACCGUACUCAGCAAGUGGUUGCUAUUAAAAUCAUAGACCUUGAGGAAGCCGAAGAUGAAAUAGAAGACAUUCAGCAAGAAAUAACUGUUUUGAGUCAGUGUGACAGCUCAUAUGUAACAAAAUACUAUGGGUCAUAUUUAAAGGGUUCUAAGUUAUGGAUAAUAAUGGAAUACCUGGGUGGUGGUUCUGCACUGGAUCUUCUUCGAGCUGGUCCAUUUGAUGAGUUCCAGAUUGCUACCAUGCUAAAGGAAAUUUUGAAAGGUCUGGACUAUUUGCAUUCAGAGAAGAAAAUUCACCGAGACAUAAAAGCUGCCAAUGUCUUGCUCUCAGAACAAGGAGAUGUUAAACUUGCCGACUUCGGAGUUGCUGGCCAGCUGACAGAUACACAAAUUAAAAGAAAUACCUUUGUGGGAACUCCAUUUUGGAUGGCUCCUGAAGUUAUUCAACAGUCAGCUUAUGACUCAAAAGCUGACAUUUGGUCACUGGGAAUUACUGCUAUUGAACUGGCCAAGGGAGAGCCACCUAACUCUGAUAUGCAUCCAAUGCGAGUUCUGUUUCUUAUUCCAAAAAACAACCCUCCAACUCUUGUUGGAGACUUUACUAAGUCUUUUAAGGAGUUCAUUGAUGCUUGCCUGAACAAAGACCCAUCAUUUCGUCCUACAGCUAAAGAACUUCUGAAACACAAAUUCAUUGUGAAAAAUUCAAAGAAGACUUCUUACCUGACUGAACUGAUAGAUCGAUUUAAAAGAUGGAAGGCAGAAGGGCACAGUGAUGAUGAUUCGGAUUCCGAGGGCUCUGAUUCGGAAUCCACAAGUAAGGAAAAUAAUACUCAUCCUGAAUGGAGCUUUACCACUGUGCGGAAGAAGCCUGAUGCAAAGAAACUACAGAAUGGCGCAGAACAAGAUCUUGUGCAAACCCUGAGCUGUUUGUCAAUGAUAAUCACACCUGCGUUUGCUGAGCUUAAACAGCAGGAUGAAAAUAAUGCUAGCAGGAAUCGGGCAAUUGAAGAACUCGAGAAAAGUAUUGCUGUGGCUGAAGCUGCCUGUCCUGGCAUCACAGACAAAAUGGUGAAGAAAUUAAUUGAAAAAUUUCAGAAGUGUUCAGCAGAUGAAUCCUCCUAAGGAACUUAUUAUUGGCUUUUGUUUCAUAUGGACUCAAAGAAACCCACCAAAGCUACUUCAAGCUUAGCAAUGCUUAGUUCAUGAUCUCCAUGUGCCUUUUGGAUCUUUGCAACAUUGAAGAUUUAGAAGAAGCUAUUCAACUAUUUUGUGAUGGUGUUUAUCAUUUUCUAUUUUAAAGAGAUUAUUUUGUAAGGGAUAACUUUUAAUACUAUAGUUUCACCUGUAUUCUAGUAAAUGUUGAGAUACAGUUUUGCUUUUAAGUAUUGUUAUUUCUUAAGUCACUAGGGUGAAUACCUUUCACGUUUUGAUCUUUAGUUAACUGUUACAUUCAUGAAACAUGCAGGUCUUUCAAAGUCAUCUUAAAUAUACAACUUUAGUAAAUCAUCAGGCUUCAAAAAGCUUUUUUUUAAUGUAUUCAAAAAAUGACUAUUGGUGGGGAGGUGAAAAUAAGUUGUACCUUGUUAAAAUGUCAAUGCUCUUGGAAACGAAAUCUGUAAAAGUAUUGACUCUUCUACCAAGUUGGGAUGAUAUUCCAGGAAGCUCAGUGAUUAUGACAUUUGAGAGCCCUGUGUCUGAAGCAUUUACAGGCAAGAUGUAGCAACAGAAGUACCUCUUGGUGUGCAGUAUUUACCUUCUCUUUAGAGGCAAUUGCCCUUAUUUAACGUGGUUAGAAAUUUCAAGCAAGAUCAUUUAGCUAAGGAUGGGUUUUUGGUAAUACUGGGAUAAUUAGUGUGGCUUCAUUUUUUAAAUCUUCAGCCCAAAUUGCAUAUUAUAUGUUUGGAUUUGGAAAGCUUUUUAAAAAAAGCAAUUGUCAUGUGAUUGAAUACCUGAUCAACAGGUAUAAAUGUAACUUAAACCAGCAUGUUUUUGUCAUGGUAGUGAAUUGUGCUAUAAACUAUUUAUAGUUUUAUUCUUCAUAAUUAUCAGUACAUAAGCAUCAUUUGUUCUUUUUUUGAAAGAGUAUUUAAAUGAGCAUUUUCUAGUUCAUAUGAAAAUAACCAUAGUACAAGAUGAUUUUUGUCCAUUCAAGGGUAAGUUCAAUUGUACAAUUAAUUUUCAGUUAUAUUUAUGGAACUGUUAAGUGGGUAAUACCUUUUUCUUUUAAGCCCAAUAUAUAUAUUAUGCCUGCCUAAGAUCUGAACUGGGGCUGUAUAUCAGUAGUUGUAGAAUUAUUGAUAUGAAUUAGUUUUGAUAGUUAAUGUUUUAUUGUUUGGAUCUGCACAAUUUGGUUUUUGCACAAGUCAUUUUUAUCUGAAUAAAUGCCAAAUAUGAAAAGAAAAAUGUUCUUCAGGUAAAGAAUUCAGUUUUUAGUCAAAGUGGCCAUUACAUCCUCUCUUUUAAAAAAAUAAUGUCUUGAGAAAGUCAUUGUGGUAUCAUAUGCCAAGAAAAUUAUUUUAAUUGGUGCCUAUACUGUAACAAUGACUUUUAAUGUGUUGUAUUUUCAAAUAAUGGUUCAGUUAAGUUUCUCACUUGCUAUGUAACUGAAACUCAAUUAUAGUUUCUAAUCUGUAGAGUUUUGGAAAUUAAUUUUGUAACUCAUAUCAUGGAUUUAAAUGAAUAUUUUUGUAGAAGUAAAAGCAACAAAUUUAUAAACUGAUUAUUUGAAAUUUUAUGACAUAAUUGCAUCCCAAAUACAAAUUAUAUUGUUUAAUCACUGUAGUUAUUAGUCCUGUAAACUGUUUCUAAGUGAAGCAUACUCCAUUGUUUUGUGGAUUUAAAAAAUAAAUAUUUAAAUUUC